AUGUGUGAAAUUUUUUUGUUUUUUUUUUGUGAAAAAAUAAUGAAUGAAAAUGAUAAUAGUAAAUUGUUUUUUUUAAUUUGGAGAAAUAUUUUUUUAAAAAAAAAAAUUAUUAAAUUUAUUCAAAUAAUUAAAAUACAUUAUUUUACAAAAACUAUAACAUAUUAUGAAAAAAUGAUGAAAUUAUUUAACCAAAUUAAUUAUUUACCAAAUAAUAUUAAUGAAUUAUUAAUUAGAAAUGAUAGUGAGAGAUUUUAUAUCGAUAAUCAAUUAGAGUUACAAUCAAUGUUUACAAAUGGUUUAAUUAAAAUACCAAAUUCAAUAACAAGUUUAAAAUUUGAUAAUUUAUUUCAAUUUAAAAUCAAUAAAUUACCAAAUGGUUUGAAAAUUUUAGAUUGGGGUAAAAAAAAUUUAAAUGAGAUUACAAUUGGUUUAUUACCAAUGGGAUUGGAGGAACUACAUCAUAAUGGAUGUUCAGAGUUAAAAGUUGGUAGUUUACCAUCAACUUUGAAAAGACUUUAUUUAGGUAGUGGUGGUAGAGUUAAUAUUUCAGAACCAACUGGUGAUUUAUUUCUAUUAUCAAAUACAAUCUCAUUGGAGGUAUUAUUAAUUAAUAAACAAUUUAAUUCGCCAUUAAGCAAUACCGAUGGCAAUGGCUGUUUACCAAAAUCUCUAACGAAAUUAUCAUUUCAUGAUGAUGGGUAUUUCGAUCAAGAAUUUAAAGUUGGCGAUUUACCAUCGAGUAUUACAGAAUUAACAUUACCUGAAUGUUUUUCAAAACCAAUUGGAUUAAAACAAUUACCAUCUUCAUUGAAAUCUUUAAAAUUUACAAAGUCAUGUGAAUGGCAUACAUUUAAACAAUCAAUUGAACCAAAUGUAUUACCAAAUUCAUUAACUUUACUAAGAAUGAACCCAGCUUUUAAUUUACCUUUAAAAGUUGGUUCAAUUCCAUCAUCUUUAAAUAAAUUAGUUUUUAAAAAUAUUUUUAAUCAAAAACUUUUAGAUGACAACACUGGUGAACCAUUGAUUCCAGAUAGUGUUAAAAUUUUAAAAUUUGAUUUUCUUUGGAACCAAAAAUUAUCAGUUGGUGUAUUUUCAAAAAAUUUAGUUAAACUUUAUUUUGUAGUUGGUCAUUUGGAUUCAAAUUAUAAUAGAGAAUCAACACAAAUCAUUGAACCAGGUGUGCUACCAAGUAGUUUAAAAACAUUAAGACUUUCACCAAAAUUUAUUAUUAAAGAAGGUUCAAUUUCAUUUGGUUUAAAAUCAUUUCAUAGUUUUAGUACUCAACAAUUACAAUAUUUACCAUCAUCAGUUGAAAAAUUAAAAUUUGUUGAACAUUUCAAUGAUAUAGUUUACCAAGACCAAUUACCACCAAAUUUAACAAAUUUAUCAUUUGGUAAAAAUUUUUCAAAACCUUUGAUUAUAACUGAUGAUGAUUGUUGUAAAAAAUUAAAAAAAGUUGAAUUUAAUGGAAUGCUUUCAAAUGAUUUAUUAUUACCAUCAACUGUUGAAAUUUUAUUAAUUGAUAAUAUUAGUGGUGAUUUUUCAACAUCUUUAACAAAUUCAAUCGAUAGUUCUUUAUUAAUUGAAAGACAAAAAGAAUAUAUUCAAGCUUUAUAUCCUCGAAAAUCAAGUAUUUUAUAUAGAAAACCAAUUAUAAUUUUACCAAAUAAUUUAAAAUCAUUAUAUUUUGGUGUUUCUUUUAAUAAGAUAUUAAAAAAAGAUUACUUUCCACAAUCUUUAACUCUUUUAGAGUUGGGUGGAAAAUAUACUCAAAAAAUAUAUUCUCAAUCAUUACCAGAUUCAAUUAAAUUUUUAAUUAUUCGUGGUUUACCAACUUUUGAAAAGAAUUAUCCUCCAUUAUUACAAGAAAAUAAAAAUAAAAAUAAAAAUAAAAAUAAAAAUAAAAAUAAAAAUGAAAAUGAAAAUGAAAAUGAAAAUAAAAAUAAAAAUGAAAAUGAAAAUGAAAAUGAAAAUGAAAAUGAAAAUGAAAAUGAAAAUGAAAAUGAAAAUAAAAAUCAAAAUGAAAAUGAAAAUGAAAAUGAAAACGAAAAAGAAAAGGGAGAACAACAAGAACAAAAAGAAAAAGAGUUAUUAAUAUUUACUCAUAGUACAAAUUACCAAUUUUUUGAAAACAAUGAAAAAACCCUUUUAAAACACCCAAAUUAUUUAGAAAUGAUUAGAAUUUUUUCAGAUAAUAAUUUAAAAAGGACUGAAAUUUAUGAAAACGAUAUUUACCCCUACCACAUUUUUCCAAUAGUUGAUAAAAAAUUAUUUAAAAAAAUUUCAACCACACAAUAA